AUGAAAUCACAAAAUAUUGUCUUAUUGCUUGCUAUUCUGGCUGUAUUGGCUAAAGACGCUACAUGCGCAAAGAAUGAAAACGAACCAGAUGAGAACGAGCCCGAUGAGAACGAACCUGAUGAGAACGAGGGAGGACACAAGCAUCAAAUGAACAUGGCAACCGCUUCAGGCUCUACUGGUGCAUCAAGUGCUUCUGUUUGGACUUCUGUCACCCCCUCAAGCACAUCAGAUAGCUGGUCUGCUACUUCUGCUUCGCUGCCUACUGUUUCUGCAGUCUCUGCAUUAUCCUCUGUUGCUUCUGAUAUCUCUGUCAUUCAAUCUUCUGUUGUAAGUGCUGCUUCUUCUUGGGUUGCCAGUGUGGGUAAUGCUCCAUCUGCCACCUAUGUUGCCUCCUCCAAGGCGCCUUUGCCAUCUGUUUCUGCAGCCAGGCCUUAUGCUGGACCCAGCGUUGUUAGUGGAUCCAGCCAUGUUGAAGUAUCUGUUGGUAUUGCAACUGUUGGUAUUUUAGCUUUCUUGUUGACAUUAGCUUAA